GCCCCCAGGGCCUCCGCAGCGGGGGGGCUGCCACGCCCAGCCCCGAUCGGCAGGGGAGGCCUAGGAGCAGCAGCACGUGCCCAGAGGGCAGCCAUGGGAGCGGCUCUGGGGGUUCACCCCACAGGCAGGCCAGGCCCCUUUAUGGCUUAAUGGCCCUGUCUGUGUCACAGAUACAGCCAGAGAGAAUGGGGGACUGAACCCCGUUACGGACAGGCACCCCACUCCAGAGCUGGGCGCAUCUUGGAACUAGGAUGCGUAACCGGCCGCCCCGCCCCAGAGGUGGCUGCAUCCCAGCGCUGGGCGAGGGGUCUCUGGGUAACCGGCCGCCCCACCCUAGAGGUGGCUGCAUCUCAGCUCUGGGUAAUGGGUGCCUGGGUUACCGGCCGCCCCGCCCCAGAGGUGGCCACAUCUCAGCGCCGGGCGAGGGGUCCCUGGCCUCCCCACCCCAGAAGUGGCCGCAUCUCAGCACCAGGUGAGGGGUCUCUGUGUUCCCGGCCACCCCGCCCCAGAGGUGGGCACAUCUCAGCGCCGAGCGAGGGGUCCCCGGCCACCCCGCCCCAGAGGUGGGCACAUCUCAGCGCCGGGCGAGGGGUCCCCGGCCGCCCCGCCCCAGAGGUGGGCACAUCUCAGCGCCGGGCGAGGGGUCCCCGGCCGCCCCGCCCCAGAGGUGGGCACAUCUCAGCGCCGGGCGAGGGGUCCCCGGCCGCCCCGCCCCAGAGGUGGGCACAUCUCAGCGCCGGGCGAGGGGUCCCCGGCCGCCCCGCCCCAGAGAUUCUGAUCCCAGCGAUCCACAUCCAGGCGACCGGCCGGCAGGGCUGCUGCGGGAACCGCUGUGGGAUGUUCCUGUCCAUCCUCUUCGCCCUGGUGGGGGUGGCCGGCUCUGUCUACGCCGUGAGCGUCUCCGCCCUGGGGCUGGUGAACGGGCCCCUGUGCCAGGUGCAGGAGGCCAACGGCAGCCUCAGUACAUGGGCACAGCCCUUCCGCAGCACCCACGAGGAGCUCAGCGAGCAGAGCUACCUGUUCAACACCUCGACGUGGGACGCGUGUGUGAACCCGCCCGGCGUGAUCCGGUUCAACGUGAUCCUCUUCUCCCUGGUGCUGGUAGCGGCGCUGAUGGAGCUGCUGCUCUGCAGGGUGCAGGUGCUGAACGGCCUCUUCGGCUGCCUCUGCGGGACCUGCAACAAGAAACAGGACAGGGGCCCCAAGGUCAGACCCCACAGCCGAGCCGGCCCCGCGCCCCACCCCAGAGCCAGCCGCAUCUCCGCACCGGCGACAGAUCCCUGUACAAACAGCCCGUGCCCCACCCCAUAGCCAGCCCCAUCUCCGCACCGG